CUCGCUGGGAGCAUGCUUGCCGUCGCAGUCACUCGCUUGGGUCACUAGACAUCUCAUUUUGCUUUGCCCACUGCAAGGCAGUAGCGCUCGUUAUAUGAUUUCAAGUCUUCGUACCUGUUGGUGACAUGUGUGGCAUUAGCUGUGUUGUUGCUCUCGAAGAGCGGACACGCCGCUCCAAUGAGCAGAACAAGGACAAGAUCAAAGAAAGGCUUUGUGAGAGUCUCGAACAAAUCCGACAUCGUGGUCCAGAUUCGACAGGCACCUGGAUCAGCGAUGACGGACGCGUGGCGCUGGGUCAUGUCCGACUCGAUAUCAAUGAUCUUUCACCUUCGGGGUGCCAGCCGCUGCAUUCGUCCGACAACAGCGUGCACACUGUAGUCAAUGGAGAAAUUUACGACUACGAUAACUUGCGCCUCGAGAUGGAGCAGAAGAUCAAGUACAAAUUCCAGGGCACUUCUGAUUCCGAACUGGUUCUAGCAUUGUACAAGUACUAUGGCUUGUCGUUUCUGUCCCAUAUCCGCGGAGAAUUCUCAAUCUGUUUAUUUGACAGCGAACGAGAACUGUUCAUUGCAGUUCGGGAUCGGUACGGGAUCAAGCCCUUAUUCUGGACUGUGCAAAAUGGCCAAUUAUUGGUUGCGGCCGAGAUGAAGGUGUUUCUUCCGUUAGGAUGGAAACCGGAAUGGGACGUCAAGAGUAUUGUGGGAGGGGAUUUUCAGAUUGGAAAUCUGACCAUCUUCAAAAGGGUGCAGAAGGUACGGCCUGGGCACGUUCUGAUCUGCAGAUGCUUCGGUACCAUUCAUGAGCAGCAGUAUUGGGACUCACGAUAUCCAGACAAGAACGUCAAAGAAGCUCGAAGCGAGCAGGACAUGAUCCAAGGUGUUCAAGACCGUCUCGUCGAUGCUGUGAAAGAGCGCCUGCGAGCCGAUGUCAAGGUUGGAGUUUCCCUGAGCGGUGGCAUAGACUCGUCAGUCGUCGCGGGAAUUGUCAACCACCUGCUCCGUCAAGGUCAUCAGAUAGGCUCUGAAGCGGUAAACGAGCGUUUGAGCUGCUUCGGUAUCGCCUUCGAUGAAGAAAGUGGCUUUGAUGAAUCGUCCAUAGCAAGUCGCACCGCAGAAUACCUCGGUGUCAAGUUCUACAAGAAGCACAUGAAUGAAGACGAGCUCGCAAGGUCAUUCGCCGAUGCAACGUGGCACGACGAGCAACCCAACCCCGACCUCAACUUCAUCGGCACGUACGCACUGUCAGAGCUAUUCCGGGACAAAGGAUUCCGCGUCAACAUCAACGGGCAAGGUGCCGACGAGAUCUUCGCCGGCUACAACAUCUUCCUUCCGGACUUCCUGCGUGAGCCGGACACUGCAUUCAGCGGGCCUACUAUACCUGAAGAUGAGCGUCUAUUGGAGUUGCGCAAAGCCGAAGAAACAUUGAACAAGGUAUACCAAGGAAAGUUGGAUCUCGAUGGCAGCUCCGUUGCGCGGCGCCAACUGAACAACACUUUAACACCGGUGCAAAUGACGGCAGCGUUUCCACCGCUCCCCGUCAAGGAGGAUUUCUUGCCCGCAAACAAUGUGGUGGAUCCCCAAUUGACGUAUGCUGAAAACAUUGACGGGGUCAUGCUUGAAGAUGUCAGUCGGAGGUGGCACCCGUUGCACACCGCACUGUACUGCUUCACGAAAGCUCACCUCCAAAACCUGUUGCUUUCGAACCUGGGCGACAGGGGGGAGAUGGCGCAUUCGAUUGAAGGCAGAACCCCGUUUUUGGAUCAUCAUCUGGCCGAGUACGUCAACAACCUUCCACCAAGCAUGAAGAUCCGACGUGACGAGAACGGCGAAUGGGUGGAGAAAUAUGUCCUUCGCGAGGCCGCUAAGCCCUUCAUUACCGAAGAGAUAUACAAGAAACGGAAGCAUCCUUACAGCGCCCCGGUUGAAUUCCCUAAAAAUGGCCCCAUGCACCGAUUGCUGCAAUCAUUGGUCACUGAAGAAAACGUUGCGAAGCUCGGGUUCCUCAAACCGGACGGCGUUGAAGGGUUGGUAGAUCAGGUGUUUGAGACCAAGGAAAUGCCGACCUUUAGAUUGGUCAUAUGCCUGGCGCAGUGGGUGGUGUUGCAACAACGAUUUGGUGUGGUCAAAGCCCAGUCGGAGAUUGAGCAGUUCGAGUCUGGAAACUUGAAGGUCGGGAGCAAUGUCAUGCUAGGAUGAACGUGAGCCUCUUUUGCUGACCCGGAAAACACGCAGGAUGUGGCUUGACAGCU